AACCGUCCGAGUGAGCAAGCAAACGCCCGCCGCCUCUCCCCAUCUUGUAUAUUUUCAUUCGAAUCCCGGUCGAGGCUUGAUAUUUUCCCGUAGGCCCGAACCCUCAGUCCUCUGAAAGUCGCGGUGGGAAUUCCACAUUUCCCUCGAAUUUAAAACCGGUGAAACAGUUUCAUGUGGAAUGAUUAAGUAACCAUUGCGAUGCUUCGUGAAACUGAGUGCUGCUCAUGAUAAAACGUGAAUUAUUGUGUUUUAUGUGUUGAUUUUAAUUUAUAAAAUUGUUCGGGAGCUGUGAGCGGACCAUUGCUGGAGGGAGAACAAGGUCGUAUUACCGUCCUUGUGAGCGAGCAUUAACGAAUUUAGGCGCCGUUCAGGCAUGAUUUGAACUAGCGAGGAGUGCGCGUGCGCGCGCGAAUGGUGGGCAGUGAUGGGGGGGCCGCGGCGCAUGUCCAGUGCGCUGCUGCUGCCCUUCGCGCUGCUGUCCCUGCCACCAGCAGAGGCUGCCAAUAAUACCGGCUACCGGGAAGAAGUAGAAUCGUCACUUCGUCUAGUGCACGCAGUGGCGACUGGUGCCACCGGGGCGUUGUGCGUCACACAUCGAUAUGGGCGACUUCGAGCUCCCUUGCACGCUGCACGGUGGGACACGGCGAGGGCCAGGGCAGACCUGGCCGCGAACCUACUUCAACAGCUGGGCCUGGAAAACGCAGAAAUUCUGAUGGCGGUUUCCCAAGGCCUUGUGCUAGGUGCAAGUCCAUCAGAGCGAGCAGUGGGGGCUCGAGCACUCGCCUUGAGGUCAGAUGGACUAGUGAACAGCGCCGUGGCCUGGGAGAGAUACGGCACCGCUGAACCGGUGGCUGUUGUAUCUCCACAGCUUGAGAAACCGCCUGAUCCUGAAUAUCCAUGGUACGUGUCAGCACAUGAAAGUGAAACGCUGCGAUCUCCAAAGUUCAUGCCGUCUCCACCCGGCGCGACUAUGGAAGGCUGGUGGACCUACCCUUAUUACAGUUGUGAAGCAAAACGAUGGCUGUUAUCGUACACGGUGCCUGUAGCUACAAUUCGUGGAUUGAAAGGCAUCGUCUCGCUCGACAUAGACAUAUCUAGCUUGGAAAUAAACCAGUGCGAGGCGGACCCUGAAGAUGAAAACGACAACCAAAUAUAUUCUUUUCACGGGACACACAAAUGCCCGAACGAUACCACUUACUGUGAAUACAGGCCAAACAGAGAAAUGAGUAUUCGGCACGCUGGUUGGGCGCGUGGGUCAUAUAUUUGCCGAUGUCGUCCCGGCUACUAUUCGACACAUCAUCGUGAAGGAUAUAAUGGAUCCCUUGUUGAAGUUGCGUACCAAGAAUACGAAGAAAACGAUUUAGAAAACUGGAGCGAGCCAUACGAGUGUCUGAAAUGUCAGCCAGGCUGCGAAACAUGUCGGGGACCGGAGCCCUGCCUUGCCACUUACAACUGGCCUUUUCGGAUAUCUUUACUGGUGAUAUCAGUAAGCUGUGCAGUGAUGACGGUCUGUCUGACCAUCUACACGCGUCACCAUCGCAGAGUGAAGGUGUUCCGAGUGGCCAGUCCUGUGUUCCUCUCCAUCACUCUACUUGGAUGUGCUAUUAUGUACAUGGAGAUGGCAGCUAUCUUCCCGGUGUUAGAUAGAUAUUCAUGUAUUGCCACAAAAUGGACUCGCCACAUGGGAUUCUGCAUCACUUACACAGCACUUCUGAUGAAAACAUGGAGAGUAUCACUAACAUACCGUGUGAAGUCGGCCCAUAAACUGAAGCUGACAGACAAACAGUUGCUGCAGUGGAUGGCACCGAUAUUACUCAUCAUGCUGGUCUACUUGGGCACCUGGACGCUGUCUGCACCACCGGACGCUGAAGUUAUAACUGACAACAAAGGACUGAAAUUCAAGCAGUGUACUUACAAUUGGUGGGAUCACAGUUUAGCUAUAGGUGAAAUCCUGUUCCUUCUAUGGGGCGUCCGAGUAUGUUACCGUGUGCGGCACGCGGAGAGCCUGUACAAUGAAGCAAGGCUCAUCUCUAUAGCCAUCUACAAUAUAUUCACCGUCAACUCCCUUAUGAUAGCUUUCCAUUUACUAAUAUUGCCACGGGCUGGGCCGGAUAUUAAAUAUCUCCUUGGGUUCAUAAGAACUCAGCUAUCAACAUCAACUACAGUACUACUGGUGUUUUUACCUAAGGUAUUACGCGUGGUGCGCGGUACAGGCGACACAUGGGACAGCCGGGCCCGAGCUCGUGGUGUGCCCGCCUCUUCCUCGCUCAACGGCAUCGGCCUCGUGCCCGACGACCCGCCCGACCUCUACCAGGAGAACGAGGAGCUAAAGGAGGAGGUUCAAAAGCUAGCUGCACAAAUAGAAUUCAUGAAGAUAGUGCAAAUGGAGAUGCACAACCGUCACCUGCGGCCGCGGCCCGGCGGAUACUUCACUACGAACGCGAACUCCGCCGCGGCGCAGAGCCCCAUACACCCUAAGACUGUUAAUAUUUCACAGGACAGCACAGAAUGGAGCGGCCCAGUGUGACUGGUGGCGCUAAGCGACAGCGGCUGGUCGUGGCCCGGGCCGGCGGGCAAGCGCGUCAGCACCACCGUAGAUCUGCGCCCGCCUGCCUACGUGUGACGUCAUACAGCCAAGCUUCGUUUUGUUCAGUGACUUUCAGUUGCAAUUCAGUGGCUAACGUACUUUAUUCAUUCAUUUAGUGUCUUAAUUGAAAAAUGAACUUAUCAAGUGAUAAUUUGAUCGGGCAUCUUAAUUUAGUGUUAGUGUUUUUGUAAUUGGCAUAUUCGGAAUAAAGCACAGUGUUUGUUGAGUUAGUAUUUGCUAUGCUUAUCUCAAUAAAUUUCUUUGCAUUGUAUAAAGAUGAUCAGUUUAUAGUGUAAGUGUUUGUAUUUCCAUGCGAUGGUAAUCGUUAACUGUUGUUUCUUAGAUAGGAUACUUCAUGAAAUAUUCAAUAAUGAACUAGAAAUCCUGCAUUCAUAUUUAUUACAUUGCUGUAGAAAAGGCUAGUGGUCAAUACUGAUUAAAUACUCAUUACUCAGCUCAGGUAGAUAUACUAUUUGUAACUUAUACCAAAGAAAUAUUUGUAAUCAUUUUAACAUCUUUAGUACAAAGUGUGCCACCAAAAGACAUAAUGUAAUUCAUUGACUACUAAAACUGUGUUCUUGUAAGACUUGUUAUUAUUUAUAUCGCUUAUUCUAGUAAUUAUCUUCCAUAUUGUAAUUAUUGUGAACAUUCCAAAUAUUAAUUUAGAAGAUUUAUGCUAUGAAUUAGUUGUAUAGUAUCUAACUAAAGUGUUAUUUUUUAAAUGUUAUUUCUGUGGUGAUGUUACCAAAUCGAUUAAAUCAAGUAAAUGUGUGAAAAACAUGAAUAUAUAUAAAAUAUAAAAUUAUUCCUUAUUUGUAAUAUGUAUAUUUGUAGUUUUACAUAAAAAAAUGUUGGGCACUGAGUGUUCAUCCUUAGGACAGACAAUAAGAAAUAAAAGUUUGAAAAUUUUAUUUAAUAAGUCAUACGGAAUUAAAAAACAGUCUUAUUUAAUUUAGAUUAAUGUCUAAUUAUUAAGUUUGAACUUAAAAGUGUAACAAUUGUUAUCAAUUAUGUGUUGUAAACUAGGAACAUAUGUUGUAAUCCAUUUGUAUAGUUUUAGGCAUAAAACAAAUUGUAAAUAUGAGUCAAGAUAAAGCAUAAAUUCUAAAGUGUUGUACAUAAACUCAUUAGAGAUGAUUAAUUAUUGUUUUAUUUAAUUUACCAUCUGUGAUAAGCAGUAUUAAUCAAUUAUAAAUGUUGUGUAAUGUUACUUACAGAGGGGUUAUGAAAAUCUUUGUAACAUGGUCAGGUCAACUUUAAUCUGGGGUAACAGGUACCUAUUCCACUUUUAAUUUGCUAUCAUUACUAUCUUAUAAUAGUUAUGAUGUACUUCCAAACUUCUAUUCAGGUAUGCAAGUAGGUACAUGAAAGAGAGUAAACUACCAUGCCAGAUUAACAACCCCCAUGAGAUUUGAAACACGGUUUUAUAAAGAUUUUCAUAACAUUAACUAUAAUUUUAUAGAUUUAUUGCAUGAUAUAAAAAUAUAGUAUUGUAAACAAAAUGUCUAUCCAAUUUAUUUCAAAAUCUUUGUCUUCACUUUCUAAUUAAACUUAGAUAUAGUGUUUAUUUUUUUAUGCUAGUUAGCUAUCCUAUUAUUGAGUCUAGGUAUUAAAUGUUACUGUGUUCAAUGUUUUCUAAGAGAGCAUUCACAAGCAGUUUUGAUGCUUAUUUCAAGGUAAAAAGUCAUACUAUUACAUGAUGAACAAUAUACCAGAAUAUUUUUAAUUCUACGCAAUAUUAAAAGAGAACAAAAUUGGAGAACGAGGGACAGAAACGGGCUUUGUCUCAGAAAUGGUUAGUUUUAUUAAGCUCAAAAUGUUUUUGAAAAUGUUUAGAAAUAUCUGUUUUGUAAAAAAUAUAUUUACUUCUUCUAUACCAAAUAUACCUUUACCUUCCUUCUUAUUUUUUAAUUAAAUUUUUAUUAAAUGCAAGAAAAUUGUUGUCAAAAAAUAAAAUAAGGUAAAGUUAAAAUAUAAUAUUUAAAUGAUUGAUGUGAGUCACAAAAUACUUUUGAAGUAUCUGCUGUUUUGAUGGCAUUUCAAUUACAUUGGAUUCAAUUCAUUUUCAUGGAGUAUAAUGUAAUAUAUGAAUGGAUUAGCAUGUAAAUGACACUUGUUGCAAUUCACUGAAAUAUAAAUUGCAACAUCUAUUUCACUGAACCUAUCUGCAACAUGCUACAACAUCAACAUUUUAGAGUGUAAAGUUAAAUAUUGUUUAGUCACAAGCUAUCCAGCAGAGUAUAACUCAUCCAUCAUUUAUAGAUGUGCCAGUAGCUUAAGUUAUAAAUGUGAUACAAAAUAUAACUUAGCGAGUAUAUCUAAUUUUAUUUUCUUAAAUAUAAUUUUACUCUUUCAAUCUUUUUAGACUAUUUCAUGUUCUAUGUGCCAACUUAUAAAUUUUUGAGGUGAAUAUAAAAGAAUAAUGUAUACAUUUUGUAUAUAGUUUUUUUUUUAUUAAAUAAAAUACAUUGUAAUCAUGAUGUCACAUGGAUGUUAUAUUAGAAUUGAUGUUAUAAGUAUUAUUAAUCUAUGAUACUCGUUUCUAGGUGAAUUUUAUGUAAGAGGUUCUGUUUUUACAUUAAAAUAAAAAUGACUGUU